AUGUCAAUGUUGAAAAGGUUGAGGGAGGAGGAAGAACAAGAGGAGAGGUGGUCGGAAAGGUUGAAGAAGGAGGAGGAACAAGAGGAGAGGUGGUCUAAAGGACUUCCAGAACACAUCUUGCAGUUGAUACCACAAAGGCUAUGCAUAUCAGAUUACCUAGUGUUUCGCCAAGUAUGCCCUAAUUGGCGUGCCGCGCUGGAUAAUGGCAUUGCCACCAAGACUUGCUUUCUUGCUCCACAACCAUGGCUUUUGGUCAGGAAGGCUUAUGAUUCUCUUCAUGCUUUCUCCAUCGAAAACCAAUUCUCAUGUGUAAGAGAUCCCAAUAUCUUCCCAUCAAUUGAUAUCGGCGAUCAUCGUCUUGAUCCCCUAAAUCUAGAUGAUGAGUCAAUAAAGCUGGUGUACCCUACUGCUUCCCUAGCUUGUCUUGGGUCAAUUGGUUCCUGGCUGAUCGUAGUUGCUGAUGAACACUAUGAGAAUACAAGCCUCUUUUCUGCCGUCAACUUCUUCUUGAAUCCAGUAUCUCGUACCCGAGUGAUGCUCCCAUCGCAAUCUACCCUUAAAGAAUUGUCCAAUUUCAGAUUUUCAACCUUGUUCUUCAAGAAAUUUGUAGCCUCUUCACCUCCAGGACUGCAGGAACAUGACUGUGUUGUGGCUGCUCUAACAAAAUCAGGUAGUUUGGCUUUUUGUAGGCCAAAUGAUGCAGAAUGGACCCUCAUUGACACCGACAUAUAUUUUUCCGGAUGUAGAGAUAUAGAAAUAUUUGAUGGAAAACUAUAUUUGAUGGAUGCUAACAGAAACAAGAUGUUAAAGGUGUUUGACAUGGCCCCUGAAGUUGCCAAUGUCACUAGGGCUGAUAGGCUUCUUGGCCAAAGCCCGGUCCCCUUCCCGCAUCUGGUUGAUCAGGAAUGGCGAUACCCUUGUCUAGCAAAAGAUUAUGCAUCCAAGGAGUUGUUUGUGGUUCUUCGACGAAGGAAUAUAACGGAAGGAUUCAAAGUGUACAAGACCAGUGAUAAGAUUGAUGGAAUGAGGUGGGAGCCGGUUACUGACCUUGGUGAUCGGAUAUUGUUUUUGAGCGACCAAAGUUCUAGUGUUAUCAAUGACAAGACACUUGGGAGAAACUGCAUCUAUUUUGCUUUCAUGAGUGAAUGGAAUGGUGGAUUUGGGGUGUAUGAUUUGAAAGAUAGCACAAUUAAACCGCUACAUUUUCCUGAGGAUUAUUCAGCUACCACAUCGGGUGGGGGUAAUUAUUGUCAAAGUCUUUGGUUCACACCAUAUCCAUGUUAG